UUCCAAUGCAGCUUUGUAAGGCGACUUUUCCGACCUGCGCUCCUUUCUGUCAUGGUAGCUGGAUGCCGUUUUGACUUUGUGGCAUAGCUUCUGCAUCCCAUCCCUUUGGAUUCUCCGAAUGAACAACAGAAAUACGGGCCUGCCUCGUGGCAACCAGGCUAGGGGCUGCCUGGCCACCUGUCCGCCCUUCCUUGCCUAGGCUCUUAGAGUCCUGGAGGAUAGUUUCCAGGAGAAGGCGCGUGCCUCUGGGGCAGUCGGCAAGACAGCUGGCUCCGUCCUGGAGCUUCUUUGGAGGAAUCCUUCGGCAGACAAUUGCGCUCUACUGUAUCUUUGAUGUAAUAAAGGUUGCCUAAGUGACAGCUGCCUUGUUGCGUGGAUUUCCUUGUUCUGUCUGGUGGACUUUGAACUUUGUUACUUUCUUUUCAAUAUGCUGACGAUCUUUUCUUUGUCUCAUAGCAUUGAACAGAUGGGUUGAUUAUUCUUUUCAGAUAUUAAUAAAGCCGCGGAAAGAAGAAAUAUGAAUAAGGCUCCCUCAAGGUCCAGCCCAGCACGAAGAGAGCCCUUGCCCUAUGGCGAGAGAGAUGCCAGGCGCGACCGCUCUCCGAACCGGGGCAGUCCACGGAGAGAAACUAGAGAUGGCCGGAAUGGCAGAGAUUCCAGGGAUCCCCGGGACCUUCGGGUUAGAGAUGCGAGGGCCCCCCGAGACCACAGGGAUCCCAGAGACUUCCGAGACCACAGAGACCUGAGGGAUCCCCGGGAGCCACUCUACGAGCGCUACAAGGACACCCGAGAGCCUCCCUACAGGCGAGAGGAGGGCUAUGACCGCUACGGGCGCCCCGAUGACUAUUACCGGAGGCGGGAUGACUCCUACGAACGCUACCGAGAGCCCGUGGACAGGCCCCCCUUGAGUACUGAAGAGCGCAUGAAGCGUGAGGAGCGGCGCCGGGAAGAGCUGUACCGCCAGUUCUUUGAGGACAUCAAGAGGCGCAUUGAUACGGAGCGGCCUGUCGACUGCUCAGUGAUCGUGGUCAACAAGCAGACCAAGGAGUAUGCCGAGUCGGUGGGGCGGAAGGUACGUGACCUCGGCAUGAUGGUGGACCUGAUCUUCCUCAAUUCGGAGAUGUCUUUGCAGCAAGCGCUGGAUGACGUGAGCCAAGGGGGCUCUGCCUUUGCCAUUGUCAUCACCCAGCAGCAUCAAGUUCACCACUCCUGCACCGUCAACAUCAUGUUUGGCACCCCACAAGAGCACCGUAACAUGCCACAGGCCGAUGCCAUGGUGCUGGUGGCCAAGAACUACGAGCGCUACAAGUCGGAGGUCCGGGAGAAGGAGCGUGAGGAGAUUGCAAGGCAGGCUGCCAAGAUGGCUGAUGAAACCAUUCUCCAGGAGCGGGAGCGCCCCUCCCCGGUUGAGGAGGGGAGCCUCCGAGGGGGCCACCCUCAGGCCAUCCAGGCGCUCCUGAACUUGCUGGCAGACAAUCGCUACUUGACCGCCGAAGAGACGGACAAGAUCAUCAACUACCUGAGGGAGCGCAAGGAGCAGCAGCUGCGGACCAGUGCCGACGCUCUUCCUGCUUCCCUUCCCAGGCAGCCCCUCGGAGCAUCAUCAGGGUCCUCGUUGUCCAGCCUUCCCAGCUCCCAGGCGCACCAGAGCAGCCAGGCUCUGCCGUCGUCUGGCUCAGCCACAGCGGCUUCCAACCCCCAGCAGGAGCUGCAGGCCAAGAUCCUCAGCCUUUUCAACAGCGGAGCGGCGGCUGCCGCGGUCGCAGCUGUCACCAACAGCGGUUCAGCCGUGGGAACGUCUCAGAACCCCGGCUUUGGCACAGGACCCAGCGGCACGCAGAGCCGCACUGCCGGACUCCCUCAGUCCCAGCAGCGGGCCCCAGCUCAGAGCGGGCAGUUCCCAAGCCACCCUGGUUCUGGUAGGGGUGCUGGCCCAAGAGCCACAGCUCCGACGCCAUCGCAGCCACUGUACCAGAACCGCCCCUCCGCUCCGAGCAAUGCUGGUGCCUCGAGGCAAGCGUCGUCUUCUGGGAUCAACUUCGACAAUCCCAGUGUGCAGAAGGCCCUGGACACUCUGAUCCAGAGCGGCCCUGCCCUCUCGCACCUGGUGAGCCAGACGGUGGGCCAAGCCCGGGCAGCUCCUCCAGCCCAACAGCCCUUGGGCUCUUACCAGCGGCAUUACUAAGGCCAGCCCAGGGCAUCUCCCUCCCUCUGUCCUGAAGAGCCUCCACGUGCAUGUCCCUCCUCCCCCCGCCCACCCACC